GUGACGUUAAACAUAAAAAGUUAGAGAAACAAAACAAAUCUAGUUACUAAAAUAUUCUCUUUCGAUAAAUUAAAUCGUAUUCGUAAAUUAAAACGUAUACACCAUAAUGAUGCGUUUAAAAUUAUUUUAUCAUUAUUAAAGAUGAAAACUUGAUGUUUAUCUAGUUGAUCUGGUUAUGUCAAAUCUCUUACUUGUCGCAGUUGAGAUAUGUAACCUUUGUGGGAGAUCCAGCAAACGAUUUACAUGCCAAGCUUGUAUAUCUAAUGGUAACUUUACCAAUAAAAGUUGUUCAGAUGCAACGAGCUAUGCAGCAAAAAGAAAAAGAUUAAAAGUUGUUGUUGCAGUUCAACAAGAUUCCAUUAGCAGGCUGAAUGGUUAUCUUAUUAAUAGCAUUAAAGAGAAAAACAAGAGAAGUGAGAUAGUUCAUAUUCAAAAUCAUGUUGAAUCUCUUAAGAAAAUUAUUUCACACAAAAAGAUCUUGGUUCAAAAUGAUAAAGAAAAUAACGAAAAACUAAAAAACCAUUUAUCUGAACAAAAGAAGCAGUUUAAUAAACUAUUACUCAAGAUUGAAGAACUAAGGAAAGGAGUGCAGUUUCAAAAUAGAAAGCAAAAGCUUCAACGUUAUAAAGAGAAAUUAGAGAAAAAAGAAGGCGAUUUAAAAAGUUUGAGAAUCUUUAAUAUACAAUGCUUGAUUCGUGACAUAUUUACACUUUCUGUUAGAGAAGUAUACCCACAAUUUGGCACACCUCCCCGAUCAACUUAUGUUACACAAAGAGAUUGUCUUGAUGUGGUGUCUCAAAAUAUGUCUUCAUCUGCUGAGAUAGAAUUGGAGGAAGCUACUCGAACAGUACAUAUUGGUGGUCAAUGGAUUUCACAAGACUGUUCACAAAGAGAACAUACUAUUGUGGGUGUAGGAAUGCCGUCAACAGAAGAUUUUAUGAAAUACUAUGAAUGGCUGAAAUCAUACAGGAAUGAACCUCGAAGUGCAGAAUGCCAAACACCCCUUCAUGACUUGCUUGUUUUAUGCAUACCAGCGUCUCUUUUAUACACAGCACAGCUCACUGAUGUAAUCGCAUUUUACCUGGGUAUCAAUCUUCCUAAUAAAAUAGACUAUAACAACUUUAGUUUAUUGCAAGUCUCGCGAUUUCGUUUAUAUGAAACUGUCAACAAACUUUCUCAAAACAUAUUGCAGUUGUGCUUUUCACAGCGCAUACCUAUAGAUGAUCUUCAACCAGACUUUUUGCUGAGCAACAUAAAACUUUGUGUGUCAUCAGAUUCUCUUGGAUGCAAUGGUUAUUUUGAAACUUUUGAAUUCAAAUUUCGGGAGUGCCCUUUUGAUUCUGACAGUAGUGCUGAGGAACUAGAUUACGAUUCUCAAAGUGAUACCAACGAUAUUGAGCCUGAAGAUUGGGAUCAGCUGACCGAUUUACCUGACGACCACAGUAUAGUGCGAUCAGAAAGCUUCUCUCCAACAAUGGACUACAGUAGAGAUCGCUCAAGUUCAGUAUCGGCUUCAGGUUUAAUGACAUCCGCUGCUGCAUCGGUUGCGUCAGCGCUUUGGUCAUGGAAGAGACAGUAGCCAUGUUUAUGGUAGAAACAUUUUUUUUUUAUAUAUAAAAAUGAUAUUUUUUUAGCCUAUAAAUAUGUACAAUAAAGUAUUCUAGAUUUUUUUUCAUGUCAUUAAUUUUUGAGCAUUUUCCUUACGUCAAAGGUCAUUUUGCCAGCAUUAUAUGUGUAUUUGUUUAAAAUAAAAGAGAAUAUUUUACGA